CCUGGUUGGUCUUUCCUCAUGAGCAGUGGCGCGAAACUUCUGGUGAAUUCGCAGCACUAGUUUUAUUAUACCAACUUGGCUCACUUUUGCUUUGAUUUCAGAGUGCUUGUCUUCUUAAACCACCAAAAUCGAAUGGCAAGCUUUUUGCGACGGUUGGGAGCUCAGCGAUCAUCAGUUUUGUUUCUUACAAUAAGAACGAGAUGGUUCUCUUCAGAGGAUGCUUUGGUGGAGGUAAAGCCCGGUGAGGUCGGAAUAGCAUCAGGCAUUCCAGAGCAACAUCUUCGAAGAAGGGUUGUUAUUUACUCACCAGCACGAACUGCAACUCAGCAGGGGUCUGGGAAAGUUGGGAAAUGGACAAUUAAUUUUCUUUCAACGCAUAAGUGGGAAAAUCCUUUAAUGGGUUGGACUUCCACUGGAGACCCAUACGCCAACGUUGGUGAGGCAGGCCUUAGUUUUGAUAAUGAAGAUGCUGCCAAGGCAUUCUGUGAAAAAUAUGGAUGGGAAUAUGUGGUGAAGAAGCGCCACACACCUCUUCUAAAGGUACUACUCUUUGACAAGUGAAUGACAGAAAAUUAUUUAGUUGCAUUGUAUAAAAACCAGCCCAAGUCGUAUGCUGAGAACUUCAGGUGGAGGGGUCCGCCGGCCAAGAAUGAUAAACUGUAAUUUUGAGAAUACAAAUUCCAUGAACAAGAUAUUUGAUAAUCUCCGGUCUGCAGAAUGAGUUCUUAAAAUUGCCAUCCAAAACACCGAGAAGAUUGAAGAUACACCCAGUGUGAGUUUAUUUUUUUAUUUUUUUAAAACUCGACAUUAUUAGUGCAAAAACUAUACUAUGUUAUGUCCACUCAUUCAUGUAUAGUAGCUGUUGACUAAGGUGCCGUUUUGUAAUUAAACUACGUCUGUUUGCAAAAGAAAAUAUUGAAGCAUUGCUACUCUAA